AUGUUGGGUGAAUAACUUUUCUGUUUAUUCAUCAUGUUAUGAGGGUUAUGUAACAAGCCUCAAACUCCUACAUCACUUAUUACAAGAGUUUGAAAUAUGUACCCAUGCCUACUUUAUUGUACAGAGAACGAAGAGAAAUUUUGGGAAGGAACCAGAGCUGCAGAAAAUAGGGGGAAACAUCCAUUGGCAAGACACACAGGACAAUGCACACCCUCACCUGCUCUGUGAUGGAAUACCUUUCAUUAUCAUGGGAACACGCACCUUAGACUGCCACCAAGGGCCUGAUAGAGACAAGAAGAGAAAGCAUAUCCGAGCUGCAGCAAACCAGCAAAAGGAUUUUGAGAACUACUUAGAUAAAGAACAUGACUACACGGAGAGAGAAUGGCAUAGUGUCAAAGCAUCAAAAAAGCUUAACUGUUCUGCUAAAAUAUACAUUCGACAUAUCAUAAAGUUUCCUGAAUAUGAGUGUCCAGAAGCAAUAGAAGACAUAGGACACCGCCAUGCUGUCACCACCAGACUGCAACUUGAUUUCAAGAGGCGAGAAGAUAUUGUGAAAGGACACCAGUUUCAUGUCCAGCUUCCACAAAGUCAUACCACUCAUGCAGUUGGAGAGCAAGCAGACUCAUCUCUCCCUAUUGAUAGAGAUUUAUCAGCUUUUAUUCAGAAGAAAGUGACUGAGGACGGUAUAGCAAACACCAAAGAAAUGAAGAAACUCCUUGAAGAGCACCUCCAGUCCAGUGAACUUCUCUUCAAGGGUAAGGAGCUGCCCUCCAGGAACAACACAAGGUACUGGCCAACCCUCAAGCAGAUACGUAAUCAUAUGAUGCUGGCCACAAUGAGACAGAGGGAUCACCAAGCAGUCAACUUACUUGAAGAGCCAAAGGAGCAACAGUGGCAGCAAACCUGUGAAGAUUAUAAACCUAGCUAUCUUCACAGUGUGAUGAAGAAGGUGCAGAGUUUGGCAAGAGAAGUUGCAAGUCUGUCAGGAGUGUGUCAAGAUCCAAAUAUCCUUUGCGAAGUAGCUUCUGAAAUGGAACAACUUCGAGACAGCCUCCUGCACUCUAGUCAGAACAAUGAACAAUCUUUUGUUGAUGAAUCUGUGAUCCUUCAACCUUAUACUGAAAUAAAUCAUGAAAGGAAAGAAGGGCAACCAUUUUUGGAGAAGAAAGUUAUAAGGAUCUUCUCACAGCAGACAUCUAGAACACAAAGCGAGUCUCCCAAGUAUGAAUAAUAACUUUCCCCAAGGACAACUUCAUUGGCAUCCACAUAAUUGGGCCUGAUACUUUAGAUGGGCAACCAGUGAAAUGCCUGUUCUGUCAAGUUACCAAUUGAUCAACUUUGCCACCCAUGCCCAGUAUGAACAAGGCUUUACAGCAUGCUGAAAGGUAAUUUGUUACAUUUUCUUCAAGCAAUUUUUCUGCUUUAUUCUUGUGCCAUGGUUUUGCCUCCAUCUGAUUCUGAUCUUUCUCAAUGCUUAAACAGUAUACAGAAUUAUUCAAAGUGACAAGUUUCUACCUUUAAGCAUAAUGAUUAUUUCCUGCAGUUUCUCCUGUGAAAGAUACCAAUAAAAAUUUAAUGGGA